AUGCGCAACCACCUCCUCACCACCAUCAUCACCCUCUCCCUUCUCUUCACCCUCGCCCACUCCCACGGAGGCGUCACCUCACCCCAAGCCCGCACCGUCGGCCCCGCCAUGAAAGCCGCCUGCGGCGAACAAGUCUUCAACAACCUCAACUCCAACGCCCUCGGCCCCAUCGAACAACUCCAACAAAUCGGCACCUCCCAAAAAGACUUCGACGCCACCGCCUGCGAGCUCUCCCUCUGCAAAGGCCUCAAAUUCGAAGACAACUCCAACAAUGUCCAGCAGUUCACCGCCGGGCAGGUCGUCCCGUUCAAGGUCGAGAUCCAGGCCAAGCACACGGGCAAGGCGAACGUGAGCGUGGUUGGUACGGCGAGCAAUGAGGUGCUGGGGGAUAUGCUGGUUAGGUUCGAUGUGUAUGCUAGUACGGCGACGGAGGUCCCGAAGAAUCAGACGGAGUUUGAUGUUACGAUGCCGGAUGUUGGGGCGCAGUGUGGAGAGGCGGGGAAGUGUGUGGUGCAGUGGUGGUGGGAUUCUGAGGAGGCGAAGCAGACGUAUAUGAGUUGUGUGGAUUUUGUGAUGUGA